AUGUAUCGCAACCAUCAGUAUGACAUGGACUGCAUCACCUGGAGCCCUGCGGGGCGAAUCCUCCAGGUGGAGUAUGCCAUGGAAGCAGUCAAGCAGGGGACCCCCGUGCUCGGCUUACGCUCCAAGGCCUGCGUUGUCCUUGUCUCCUUCAAGAGAGCCCAGUCAGAGUUGGCGACCCACCAGCAGAAGAUCUUCAAGAUCGAUGACCACAUGGCUAUUGGCAUCUCGGGGCUCACGGCCGAUGCGCGCGUCCUGGCCGACUACAUGCGCAACGAGUGCCUAAACCACAGCUAUGUCUACGAUGCGCCGAUGAAUGUAGGACGGCUCGUGGCACAGGUCGCCGACAAGUCCCAGCAGAAGACCCAGAACUCCUCUAAGCGGCCCUACGGAGUUGGCCUUCUUGUGGCUGGAUGUGACGAGAAGGGGCCCCACCUCUUUGAGACCUGCCCCAGCGGCAACUACUUUGAGUAUUAUGCCAUGGCCAUUGGCGGUCGGUCCACUUCGGCGAAGACAUACCUGGAGAAGUAUUUCGCUGAGUUCGAGACUGCGGAUGUAGAUGCGCUGAUCAAGCAUGGCCUCGAGGCGAUGAACAAGACCACCUCCUCAGACCAGUCCCUCACGACGAAGAACACUGCGGUGGCCGUGAUUCAGAUGGGAGGCAAGUACCGUGAGCUUUCAAGCGACGAGUUGCAGAAGGUCAUCGAUAGCCUGGAGAAGAAGGCGCCGGAUGACGAACCCAUGCCCGAGGAGCCAGCACCUGCGACCGAGAGCGCAGCUCCUAUGGACACCUCGUGA